UUAUUCCGCCAUCUUACAUGAAUAUAUCAUAACGCGUCUUGCUACGCAAUCACGUUACUUACGUAUUUUACAUUUUCUAAUUCCAUAUGUACACUAGCUGCGAUUUCCGCGGUCCGUACGGUUUUCUGCUCUCGAAUUGAGUGAAGCAAGUUCUUAUUAAUAACUGUCUUAACAACAACGGCUUUCUUCCUGUCUGCACAAAUUUACUCGAGUAGCACGCAGCCGUAAAUGCAUGAUAAAACCGCACAGUGAGUGAGUGUCUCACUGUCUGGGUUUCACCUUAGAACAGGAAUAUAAAGCUGGAUCCGAUCGACGACUGCCGGUCCGUGUGAAAAGCUUGGGAGUUUCCUUAAAAACAAAAAAACGUUCGGCGAUGCUUCCCACGCUCCCCAUCGCGGUGCUCGAGGAAGUGUUCACGAAUGUCCCCGCGCGCGAGCUCGUGUGCGUCUGCCGCCUGGUUUGCCGCCAGUGGAAGGAGCUGGUGGACAGCACGUCCUUGUGGCGGGACAGGUGUCGGCGGGAGGGGUACGAGCCCCGCAACGCCAGCAAUCCUCUCAAAGACUGGCGCCAGUUUUACUUCUUGUGCAAGAGGAGACGCAACCUGCUCAAGAACCCCAGGGCUGAGGAGGAGGACUUUGACGGCUGGAACAUCGUGAAGAACGGUGGCGAUGGCUGGAACGUAGAAAAUGUGUCCCGCGAGUACCCCCUUCCCGACAGAGCAGUCCGAAAACACUUUGCCACAUCGUACGAUUUCUGUAUAAAAUCUCAGCUAAUAGACCUGGUCAAAGAGGGUUAUGGAGCAGCGUUUAUGGAUGAAGUUCAGCCGGACGUCAUAGCGUCUGAGUGGUACUCUCCCUGCCAGGACUGUGGAUGUGUGUACCAGUUCUGUGUGGAACUGCUGGACCAGAACAAAAUGGUCAUCCAGAAGUUCUGUCCCAGUCCCCUCUCUUUUCAUUAUCCCAAUGUCAUGAAUUGGCGUCAGAUAAAGCACGUGUUUCGUGACUAUGGGCCAGGUGUACGCUUCAUCAGGUUCACUCAUGGUGGGAAGGACACACGGUUCUGGGCGGGCUGGUAUGGCAUUCGGAUCACAAACAGCAGUGUGGAGAUCAGCCCCUCUGGGGAUGCAUAGUUCCGGAAGGACACUUCAGUUUGAGACAUUUCGGUGUCCACAGUUCCAGAAACAUCUUUGCAGGUAUUUAAAGCCUUCCCCAAAGGCCAGUGCUGUCAUUUGUAACAGAGUCAAAUGUUUAUCAUGAUAGCUGAACAUAAGUUAUCCUGUCAAAGAGGUCUUACAUUUUAUUAUAUUUAAAUAGGGGAAUGUGUACAAUAUUGCCAAAUACCUCAACAAGUACCACUGAAAGAGAGGAGACAGUACUGUAAUCCAGAUGCAUUGUACUUAAAAUAUACAAGUCUGUUUCUGCAUUGGGGGGCGCGGGGGGUUGGACCGGGUCCUGCUCUCUGGUGGGUCUGGGGUUCAAGUC